AAAAAGUUGAACCUUAUAAAAUUUCUUUAGGUACUCUUUAUGAUGAAAUCGGUUUAAAAUCUUCUACCAAAAAAUCUUUACCAAGUCGUGGUGCUAUUGUAUCUACUAUUAUGAGCUCUCAACAUGCUGCUAUAAUUGCAAGUUGGAUUGAUCGAGGAACUAAUCUUAAUGGACAAGGAAAUAAUAAUGGAAAAAUUGGAAGAGUAGUCGAUAAUGUAUACGCAUUAAAUUGUUGGAGAUUUAAUGGUCCUUCCUUUGGAAAAUACGAUUUAGUAAUGCAUUACGAUGGUUUUCUUAGGUUUAAACAUCAAACCUUUUCACCUCAAGUUUUACCUGCAGAAAAUAUUAUGAUGAAAAUUGAAGAUUACGAGGUAUUUGAAGUUGUAGAAAAGAUUAAAGAUAAAGAUGAUAAUGUAAAAUCGUAG